AUGAUAGCGCGGAUUCUCGCCGCCUUGGCCGAUUCCAUGGAGAUUCCGACGGCUGCCGGUGAAUCGGUGCUGGGUACCAUCAAAAUCGCCGUGAUGCCAAUUGCCAAAGUUUUCACCAUGUGCUUCCUGGGCCUUCUCAUGGCCUCCAAGUACGUCAACAUCUUGCCUCCCUCUGGCCGCAAACUCUUGAACGGGUUGGUCUUCUCGCUUUUGCUUCCCUGCUUGAUCUUUUCCCAGCUCGGACAAGCCGUCACUCUCCACAAAAUGCUUCAGUGGUGGUUCAUUCCGGUGAACGUCGUUCUUGGUACAAUCUCAGGGUCGUUAAUCGGCUUCGUUGUCGCUUCCAUCAUUCGUCCGCCUUACCCUUAUUUCAAGUUUACAAUCAUACAGAUCGGAGUUGGUAACAUCGGCAAUGUGCCUCUUGUUUUACUAGCGGCUCUCUGUAGGGACACCUCCAACCCUUUUGGUGACUCCGAAAAGUGUAGCAUUGAUGGCACUGCUUAUAUCUCUUUUGGUCAAUGGGACAUUUCAUCUCCUCAAGUUCGCCUGCCUGUACGGAGCAUCGAACCCAGUGGAAGAGGGGAUUCAAGGAAAGGCAAGGUGACACAGAUCUUUGUUUUCCUCUAUGAGAAGUUGAAACUGAAGCAAAUUGUCCAACCUGCAAUAGUUGCUUCAAUUCUUGCCAUGAUACUUGGUGCAAUACCUUUCACGAAGAAGUUGAUAUUCACAAAUGGUGCACCUCUUUUCUUCUUCACAGAUAGCUGCAUGAUUCUUGGGGACGCAAUGAUACCGUGUAUCUUACUGGCACUUGGGGGGAAUCUCAUUAACGGACCAGGAAGUUCAAAACUUGGUUUCAAGACAACAGCGGCAAUUAUAUUUGGACGGCUGGUGUUGGUGCCACCAGUAGGACUAGGAAUAGUGACAUUAGCAGACAAACUUGGGUUCCUUCCUGCUGAUGACAAGAUGUUCAGAUUUGUGUUACUCCUUCAGCACACAAUGCCUACCUCUGUGCUCUCAGGAGCUGUUGCCAACCUUAGAGGCUGCGGAAGGGAAUCGGCUGCUGUGCUUUUCUGGGUUCACAUUUUCGCCAUCUUCUCAAUGGCUGGAUGGAUGGUACUGUAUAUCAACAUUCUCUUCUGA